AUGGAUUCCUGUAACUAUAAACUCUGUCAUGAACAUGAUUUUGAUUCCAGAUCAUAUCUGGAGAAUUACUUUUCAGAUAGUCCUGAAAUGAUCUUUGCAGAGGAUUCCUUAGUAUUUCCCAUUGAAAAUCUAAAAAAAACAUUCACAGAGGGUCAUAUUAAAGGUGAUAUACUGAUUGACCUUAGUCUUGGUUCUGUAAUUCAUCAUCUAUAUUCAGCCUGUGAGUUUUUCAAUAACAUCAUAGUGCUGAAGGCCAGUAACAGAUGCAUCAUGGAGCUGAAAAGAUGGGCUGACACACGUACAGGGGCAUUUUACUGGGGCCAUGCCACAAAACUUCACGCAGACACAGAAGAAGUCAGUGAACCAUUGCAAGACAAAGAAGAAAAAGUGAGAUUGGCACUUCAACAUGUAGUUAAAUGUGAUUAUUCUAAAGAAAAUAUGACGGAUCCAAUAGUCUUACCACCUGCGGAUUGCAUCAUCAGUGUGUGGCUUUUAGAUGCUAUCAGCAGAGACCAAAAUGAUUACAUCACAUAUCUCAGGAGGUUCACAAAGUUACUGAAACCUGGCGGACGCCUCAUAUUAUUUGGGGAUUUAGAAAUAACAUAUUUUACAGUUGGGACAGAGAAGUUCCAUGCUUUCUGCUAUAAUGAGGAUUUUGUCAGGAAAGCUCUAGAGGGAGAAGGGUUUGUUAUUGAUUGCUGUAAGGUUAGGGAGAGGACAUCUGUGAGUGACCUACUUGACCAUAAGGGCGUCAUAUUUAUUGCCGCUCACAGGAAGAACUAG